AUGGCACAGUUUUCUUUGGCACUCCUGGCCCUUCUGGCUUGCUUCACUUCCUACGUUCUCGCCGUCUCUCCGAUAGAAGUAAGAGGGGCCGAUUUCGUCAAUGUUGUCGAUGGUACCCGCUUUCAGAUGAUUGGUGUGGCAUACCAACCGGGUGGAUCGUCUGGCUUCAAUCCUGAGGCCGGAAUAGACCCGCUGAGCGAUGCUGAUGUCUGCCUUCGUGAUGCUGUUCUCAUGCAGCGUCUCGGUGUCAACUCUGUCCGAAUCUACAACCUCAAUCCCGAUCUUGACCACACCGAAUGUGCCUCCAUCUUCAAUGCUGCUGGUAUCUACAUGAUUCUCGAUGUCAACAGCCCCCUGCCAAACCAGUCUUUGAAUCGUGGUGCUCCAUGGGAGUCAUACAACGCGGACUAUCUGGAGCGUGUCUUCAAAGUUGUGGAGAGCUUCAUGCACUUCAACAACACCCUGGGCUUUUUCAGUGGGAAUGAAGUGAUCAAUGAGGACUCUGUUCCCGAGGUUCCGGCAUACAUCAGAGCAGUCACCAGAGACAUCAAAGAUUACAUUGCCGCCAGAGGAAUCCGACCCAUUCCCGUUGGUUAUUCUGCAGCUGAUGUUCGACCACUCCUGAUGGGCACCUACGACUACAUGGCUUGUGGUCUGGCCAACGAGACCACGUCCAAGAUUGACUUUUUCGGACUCAACUCUUAUUCAUGGUGCGGUGAUGCUAGCUUUACGUCUUCUGGUUACGAUGUCUUGGUUGAGGAUUUCAGCAACACAACCAUCCCCAUCUUUUUCUCCGAGUACGGAUGCAACCAGGUCCAGCCACGCACAUUUACCGAAGUUCAGGCCCUGUACUCAGACCAAAUGACCGGUGUCUUCUCUGGUGGUCUCAUUUACGAGUACACCCAAGAACCCAACGACUAUGGUCUGGUCACUCUGAAUGACAACGGCACUGUCUCCAUUAUGAUCGACUAUGACAACCUCCGCCAACAAUACGAUGAAAUCGAUGUCGCAGCACUUGAGAGAGCCAAUUCCACUGCCACCUCAUUGACAGCGCCAGACUGUGCGACUAGUCUGCUGGCAGGCACCAACUUUACACGCACUUUCGCCAUUCCUGCGCUUCCCAGCGGUGCGGAUGACCUGAUCAGAAACGGCAUUGACGGCAACUUCCCUACCGGAACAAAAUCAAUCACCAACACCAACGUUGGCCAUACCGUUUAUGCAGUCAACGGUCAAGAAAUCACCGGUUUGGAACUCAACAUUUUGGCCAACGAUCAAAGCAAUCUUCCAGGAAACAAUACUAGUGGUAGCACACCUGAGGGAGGCAGCUCACCUUCUGGGACCAGCACGGGCAGUAGUCCUUCAUCGACAGCCAAUGCGGCAGUCAAGGCAGAUGGCAUCAAGUUUGGAUCUGUUAUGGUUGGUGCUCUGUCACUUGGUUUCUACCUGCAAUUGUAA